AUGUUGCGAUGGCUGAUCGGGGGAGGCCGAGAACCUCAGGGACUGGCGGAGAAAUCUCCUUUACAGACAAUAGGUGAAGAACAAACCCAGAAUCCCUACACUGAACUGCUUGUACUGAAAGCUCAUCAUGAUAUUGUACGAUUUCUGGUGCAGUUAGAUGAAUACAGAUUUGCGUCUGCUGGUGAUGACGGAAUUGUAGUUGUGUGGAAUGCCCAGACAGGAGAAAAACUUCUGGAACUUAAUGGACACACUCAAAAGAUAACAGCUCUUACUACAUUUCCUUCCUUGGAAGCUUGUGAAGAAAAAAACCAACUGAUCUUGACAACCUCUGCUGAUAGAACAGUGAUAUUAUGGGAUUGUGAUACUGGCAGACAAGUUCGGAAAGUAUCCUGCUUCCAGUCUACUGUGAAGUGUUUAAUUGUUCUUCAGAGACUAAAUGUUUGGCUCUCUGGUGGGAAUGACCUAUGUGUGUGGAACCAAAAAUUAGAUCUCCUGUGUAAGACCAGUCACCUUUCUGAUACAGGGAUCAGUGCUUUGAUUGAAAUACCUAAGAACUGUGUUGUGGCAGCAGUUGGCAAAGAACUGAUAAUUUUCCGGCUGGUAGCACCCACAGAAGAAUCACUGGAAUGGGAUAUUCUUGAAAUUAAGCGCCUCCUUGAUCACCAGGAUAAUAUUCUCUCAUUGGUUAAUGUCAAUGAUGUGAGUUUUGUAACUGGCUCCCAUGUUGGAGAAAUGAUCAUCUGGGAUAUUCUGGACUGGACCGUGCAAGCCUAUGAAUGCAACUUCUGGGACCCAUCCCCACAGCUGGACACCCAGCAAGAAAUAAAACUCUGCCAAAAACCAAACGACAUUUCUAUUCAUCAUUUCACAUGGGAUGAAGAGAAUGUAUUUGCUGCAGUUGGAAGGGGUUUAUACGUGUAUAACCUUCACAUGAAGCGUGUGAUUGCUUGCCAGAAAAGUGCCCAUGACUCUAAUGUCCUGCACAUUGCCAAACUUCCAAACAGGCAGUUAAUCUCAUGCUCGGAAGACGGCAGUGUACGCAUUUGGGAGUUAAGAGAAAAACAGCAGCUUGCAGCUGAACCUGUACCAACAGGUUUUUUUAACAUGUGGGGAUUUGGAAGAGUGAACAAGCAAGCCAGCCAACCUGUUAAAAAGCAGCAAGAAAAUGCUCCUCCAUGUUCAUUGGAGCUUAUUGGAGAUUUGAUUGGACACUCCUCAUCUGUGGAGAUGUUUCUGUACUUUGAAGAUCAUGGACUAGUGACAUGCUCUGCUGACCAUCUCAUUAUUUUGUGGAAAAACGGAGAAAGAGAAUCUGGAUUGCGCAGUUUAAAAUUAUUUCAAAAGUUAGAGGAGAAUGGUGACUUAUAUCUUGCUGUCUAGUUGAAGGAAUUUGGAGCACAUGUGCAUGAACCUUGAACAUCAAAUACAGGGUAAUACUCAAAUUUGUAAUGUAUUAUUUUUUUAAAGAGUUUAAGUAAUCUCCACCCCCAGUGAGGGGCUUAAACUCACAACCCCCAGAUCAAGAGUUGCAAGUUGUUUCUCAGGUAUUAACAUUCACCAAAGAAUACACUGCAAGUUUUUUAUUUGACUUUUCACAGAGCAGUAACCUGAAACCACUGAGGAAAUGGGUCUAAUUUCAGCAGUGAAUUUUCAGAAAGUAUUCAGAUCAGAGCACAAAUAUUGGUUGAUAAAGCAAUUUUAGCCUAGUGUCCGUAUAGAAAAUUUUUU